AUGGCUUCAACUGACGUCAGGAAGCAUGGAUCCGCCUUCUCCAAAUCAGUAUUACGAGAUGGAUGCUUCUUUGGCAUUGGCAAUCCGCUGCUUGACAUUAGUGCACAAGUUGAUCCAGAAAUAAUGAGAAACUAUAAUUUGAGACCAGCAGCUGAAAACGACGGUCUCACGACUGCAUAUCAAGUCAAUCCUAAUUUAUCUACAGGAAAAUGUGCUAUGCUUCUAACGCCAAACAGUCGUGCAAUGGUGACGAGUUUGGGUGCGUCCGAAGAAUUUUCUGUUAAACAAUUAGUCAACUCUGAUUGGGCCUACAUUGAAAAAGCACAAAUAAUUUGUUCUGAGGAUUAUUUUAUUGGAUCAUCACCCGAAGCAUUCUUGAAAGUUGCCCAGUACGCUCACAGCGAACAGAAAACAUUUUGUAUGACACUGUCGGCAAAAUUCAUUGCUGGCAAACGACUUGGCGGUUGGCUUCUCUGUGCACUACAAUAUGCAGAUUUUGUUUUUGGAUACGAGGAGGCGACAAAAGUUUUUGGUCGAACACAUUUAGAUGUUGAAGUAUGA